ACAGCAAGCCAGUUGUAACACAUUCUGCACUCGUCCCCGACUUAUCUGUCGAAAUGAAUUCUGCCAGGGCGGUGAUGGUACGGCCUAUCAUUUCUCCGCCAGGGCCCGAACAUAUUUGGCACGGGUUCGGAAUAACCUCGCGGCUUGGGGGGUUGCACUUCCGCGACCUAGAUAAUUAUCGCUGUGAUUUAAGUAUCCCAGCAUGAUUCGAAGUCCGUGGCUAUGUCGCAGAUGCAUUACCGCACUCUCCAGGCCAGCUAGGCGGCAGCAGCCUAUCCGCUUCCAAAGCACAGCUACGAGCAAUGAAUUCAUCAGCCCCGCGCUCCUCACCCGCGCCCGCUCCCUCACAAAUGAACAUGCCUUCCUGAGCGCCAAAACUAGCGACACCUUCGACAGCAAACUCGCCAAACGCAUCGGCGAGCUGCAACCCAUAGCCUCCUCCCUCGCCUCGCUCGAGACAGCCACCAACUCCCUGGCCGAGCUACACGCUCUCCUCUCCGACCGCACCACCGACCCCGAGCUGCGCGAACUGGCGGAGGAAGACCUGGCAGCUACGAAAUCGGAAGUCGCUUCCCUCUCCCAGAACCUCAAGACCGCCUUGACCCCGAUACACCCCUUCGCCGCCCUGCCAUGCCUGAUUGAGAUCAAGCCCGGCGUGGGAGGCAGCGAAGCUAAUCUCUUCGCUGGUGACCUGCUGCGCAUGUACCGGGCGUACUGCGCGCGUCGCGGCUUCCAGGCAUCGUUGCUCAAGUACGAGACUACGGACGGUACGACGGGCGCGGAGUCCGAAGCCCCGAUCUUAGAAGCGAUUAUGGAAAUCGCAGAUGCAGGCGCGUAUGCGGAACUCCGCUGUGAGUCCGGCGUGCACCGCGUGCAGCGCGUCCCCGUGACAGAGGCGAAGGGGCGGACUCACACGAGUGCCGUGGGUGUGCUGGUGCUGCCUAGCAUCCCGACGACCGGGGGGGAGAAGUCUAUAGGGGAGGCUGAUCUAAAUGAUCCCGAGAGCGAUUACUACGUCAACACUACGGAUGUGCGGGUUGAUGUUAUGCGGGCUCGGGGAGCGGGUGGUCAGCAUGUUAACACGACUGAUUCCGCGGUGCGAUUGACGCAUAUUCCUACAGGAACGGUGGUAGCGAUGCAAGACUCGCGAUCUCAGCACAAGAACCGCGAGAAAGCGUGGAAUAUCCUGCGCGCGCGCCUGGCGCAGGCGAGGCGGGAGAAGCGGGAGGAGGAGGUGCAGAAGGUUCGUCAGGCGGCGGGGGGCGGGACGAAGUUGGGGAGGGGAGAUAAGGUAAGGACGUAUAAUUGGGGACAGCAGCGGGUGACGGAUCAUAGGAGUGGGGUCAGUGUGUUUAAUUUGGAUGAGGUUAUGGAGGGGGGGGAGGAGCUGGAGAGGGUCAUGCAGAGUGUGAGGGCUUGGUUGGGGGAGAGGGAUAUUGAGGAUUUGGUGUUGGAGGAGGAGGCGAAGGCAAAGGAGGCGGGGAAGGGGGGUGGGAAGGGGAAGGGGAAGGAGAAGAAGUAG